AUGGAAAACAGAACCCCAACCCCAGUCCCCACACCACCGCUGCCAAUGCGCAAUCCGGAUCGAAACCUCCACAGCAGCUGCGGCAGCACCAUCACCACUCGCUCGAGACGACUGUCACUCCCAGCACCGCUGAGAAUGACGCCCACGACGAUACUCGCGCCCCCGGAUGACCACCAAUUGGUGCCCAAGCCCCUGAAACUCAGGAAGAAGAGGCCGGCGCCGAAACACACUUCGUCGUCGCCUGCAGCAUCGACGUUGACGUCGACGUCGACGUCGACGUCGACACCAGCGCCAUCGAUAUCUAUGUCGACACCAGCACCAUCGAUAUCCAUCCCCAUAUCCAUCUUCACGCCAACACCACCACCAUCACGAAAAGGCAAACUGACGAAGAAGAACCCUCACCCAAACCCAACGCCAAACCUCGACACCCAAAAACCCCUACCAACCCUCCCUCCUCCAUCCCUCCUCCUCCACUCCUCCAUCCCCCCCUCAACCUCAUCCUCCUCCGCAUCCUCAUUCACCUUCUCAACCCCACCCCUCUUCCCACAAUCCUCCCCCCUCUCCCUCUCCGCCCUGAGCGUCGCCCUAGAACGCGAGAUGAAACUUCACGGCACCACCCUGCACACCCUCCCACCGCUGACCCCACCACCACCACUACGCUGGGCCGACGACGACAUCGCCAUCUCCUCCUCCUCCGCAUCCUCCGCCUCCUCCUCAUGCGGCGGCAUGUCCUCGUCCUCAUCAUCAGUACACUCAACACCAUCGACGCCCGCGUCAACCCCGCCCGCGUCACCGCACCGCACGUGCUUCCCAACAUCUACGAAACCAAUACCUCUGGCCCUGCCACAGCUGCAAUUCCCAGCCGACGCAAGCUUGCUGUGCCUCCCUCUCCCUCCCUCUUCUCCCGUCCAACAACCCCCAGCGGAACCCGUCCAACACUCUCCAACCCUGCUCUCCCUCCCUCAACCCCCACCGGAAUUCGUCCCAGCGGAACUCGCAACGGAACUCGAACCAGAACCAGUCACAGGCCUAGUCCCGGAGAUAGUGAAACCACGAGCGCCCCAGACACACCGCCGGCUACGGAGAAAAGAAUCCCCCCGCCUCUCGACCCUCCGCGCGAUACGAGCGAAGGAAAGCGAGGCAUGUUUGCAGCGGGCGUACGACAGGGCUGCUGAGAUGUACAUCGGCGGUGGUGGAGUAUUUUAA